AUGAGAGGCCCUCGAUCGUCUGCCGCUAGGUCACGGCGAGCAGGCAGACAAUCAAGAACGAGUGGCCCCUCGACGGGUGUUCCCCAUGCAUUAGUUGAGGAAUUUCUAAUUUCUCUUUCCCCUGGUGAAUUUUUUGGCGAUGAUCACAGAUGUCAUCUUCAGUUGUCGACUCGCCUUGUCUUUCAGAACGUCAAUGGCAUUCCAGCCUCAGCGACCGGAUGGAAACAACAACAGAUUAAGCAGUGGUUGAAAGAAGAACGAGUGGGGAUUGCGUUGUUGGCGGAGACCAACACACACUGGCCUUCCCUUCUGGAAGGUCAACACUGGAACGAUAGGAUGCGACAAGUAGCAUCUAAGGGAUAUUAUUCGGUCGCGGCGCACAAUGAGAACCGAGCUCGCCCCAUCGCCUCGUGCUCGCAGUACGGUGGAUGUGUGGCAACUAUCUUGAACUCAGUUGCCCACCGUGCAAAAUCUUUUGGUCGGGACCCAACUAAAUUGGGCAGGUGGGCAUAUGUACGCGUCCAAGGCAAGAAGUUUGCAAUGCCCACACUAGACGAUCAAGUUCGCGAAGCUUCCGACGCUUCAAGGAGCCGGUUCUCUAGGGAUUUGGUUGUGGUGUCGGCAUACCGACCUAACCCUCCGGGGACUGGGGAGUCUACAGUGUGGGCACAACACCGGAGUUUCUUUCGCUCCCAAGGUCGACAGUGUGAACCAAGGGAGGCCUUUAUGGUGGACCUACUUCGAGCCAUCACCCAAUGGCGCGAUGAAGGAUGUGAAGUAAUUUUGGGGGUCGACGCCAAUGAGGACAUUAGCUCCACUAAGUCCUCUCCUUUUCGACAACGUCUUCGCAAUGUUGGUAUGGAGGAAGCUAUCCUCCAACGACACCCCGGUCAAACGGCUGCCACUCAGCACCGGAACAAAAGGGGCAAACCGAUCAACGGCAUUUUCACGACCUCUGGGGUGGCUGUACAGGCAGGAGGCUACUACAACUUUGAUGAGUUUUUCUCGUGCGACCACCGCGGUCUUUGGAUUGAUAUUGACCUGGAGAAAUCCUUGGGCGGGUACAAACCACAGAAGACCCCGUACAAACCCCGCAAACUUACUAUGUUGGAUACUACAGCAGUCUGCCGUUACCUGCAACUCGUUCACAAGGGCUACGAGGAAUACUCCAUCCCAUCUCGCUUGGCGUCCCUACAUCACCAACUACAACUAAAUGAAGGGACCAUGACAGCAAUAAUGGGUCGUCAUUAUAACUGCCUGCACCGUCAGAUGUACGUCGUAAGGCGAAAGGCGGGGGAAAAAUGUAGACGGGUCACUAAUGGAUCGGUGCCCUGGUCUCCUAAGAUGCAACAGUUUUGGGAUCGUCCAUCCUUGUGGAAGAUCCUUUUGAAGGGGAGGAAGGGUUGCCGGGUGAGUUUGCGUAAAAUACGUAGACUGAUGAAGAAGGUUGGGAUACCGGACGCGUGGACAAAGACGACAGCGGAAUUGGAGGCCGCCCUCCGUCAGGACCGGAAGGACUACCUUGAGGCUAAGACUCAUUAUGCUGCAAAGUGGCGCAAGGACUUUUUGACGGUGCAGGCGGCGAAGUCCAAAAAGAAACAAUGGCGGUCGCAAAAGGCCAGAGACCGUUUCCUGCGGUUACGGCGGAUGAAGCAACGGGAGGAGGCGAGACGCCGACGCCGCGCUCAGGGAAAAGGAUCUACUGGGGGAUUACAAGCGAUCCAAGUCGAAGAAAGGCUGCCUUCAGGCGAAGUGGGCUUGCAGACUGUCUCUGAAAGGAGUCAAGUGGAACAGGGGUGCAUGCAGGAGAAUUGUGCACGGUAUGAUCAGACCAGAUCGCCUCAUAUGACCCCUCCAAUGGAUGCUCCAUUGUACCAAAUGUUUAAUGGCCAUGACGCGGAACAAAACUCCCUCGCCCUUCUUGAAGGGCGUCUUCCUAUACCAGAUGGCAUUGACUAUCCAACUCGGUCUUUCCUUUCUCAGUGCAGGUUCCACAAAGAUUAUUCUACAUCCCUUCUGGAGGUUUCUACUGAAGAUCACACCUACUUCUGGUCUCGGAAUCCGGAACACAAGGGCUCUGAACCUCAUGGCCUGCAUAAUGGCCACUUUAAAGCUGGGAUUCUCUCCCCUAUGAUCGCCCAGUGUGACGCCUUGUUUCGGCAUAUCCCUCUAACUACUGGGUUCGUUCCUGACAACUGGCGACAUUUAAUGAACUUUGCCAUCGAAAAGAAGCCCGGGGAGUUUCGCCUGAAGAAAAUGCGCACAAUUCAGUUGAUGAACUCUGAAUCCCAGGCCAAUUAUAAGCAACUUGGCCGUCUGGCCAUGACUUAUGGCGAAGAACAUCACCUGAUUGCUGAUGGUCAAUGCGGGUCCCGAAAGCACCAUCAAGCGAUCGAUCUUGCCCUGUCAAAGCGGCUGGUGUGGGACCUCCUGAUUCUCCAGCGUCGAUCGGCAGGGUGGAUUUCGAACGAUGCCAAGUCAUGCUUUGAUCGGGUAGUUCACUGGGUGGCAGUGGUUGCCAUGAUGCGGUUGGCCAUAACGUGGAACGCACUUUGGAUGAUGUUUGACACGCUGGCAACGUCCACACAUCAAGUACGAACUGGCUUUGGAGACUCCGAAGCAAGCUUCCGACCGCCGUCAAUGAUUCCUUUCCAAGGGUGCGGACAAGGUAACGGGGCUGGUCCCCCCAUCUGGGUCUCGGUCAGCUCUAUUAUUAUUCAAAUGAUGGUGGCAAUGGGUUUUGGAUUUGAGUGUCUCACGGCGAUCAACUCUCACUUGGUCACAGCUCAGUGCUUCUGUUUUGUGGACGACACGGACGUUAGUGAGGCAGGGGCGUCGGUCAAUCACUCCGGCGAGGACAUCUGCCCAUCGAUCCAGGCGGCUGCGUCCGUGUGGGCUGGAGGAAUUAGCGCUACCGGUGGAGCGAUCAACCCGGACAAGUCCUUUUGGUGGUUGAUUGACUUUGCUUGGGAUGGCAGGAAGGGACAAUGGACAUUCAGGAAGAAGAAUCAGUUGUUGCCGGACCACCGGCUUCAGAUUCCGGGCUUGUCCGGCAAAUUGGAAUCUCUCCGUCGCCUUGAGCCGGGGGAGGCAGAGAAGACAUUGGGAGUAAUGCUUGCGCCUCUCGAGGACCAGAAGGCCCAUGUUUCACAUCUGAAGGGUAUUGCCAAAAGGUGGGCUGAACAAGUUUGGUCUGGUCACCUUCACAAAUACGAUGUGAUCCCCUUGAUCAAGUCCACCGUUAUGAAGUCACUGGAAUAUCCAAUGACGCUAUUGACACUGGAGGCCGCAACAUGGGUGGAUAUUAUGAGCCCGGUUCUUCAGGUCUGCUUGCCAAAAGCCGGCAUCUGCGGAAGUUUUCCGCGUGAUAUGGUGUUGGCUCCAUUGAAGUUCCAAGGCCUGGGCAUCCCACAUCCGUUCGGCUCACAGGUUUCCAAGCAUACCGAGACUCUCCUCCGUCAUUCGAACAACAAGACAAAAACCGGUGCUUACCUGGAAGCCGCUUUGCAAGAACACCAGCUCGAAACGGGCACUUCGUUCAGGAUCUUUCAGCAGGAUUUUGGCAACACGGCCGUCUUGGUUUCCGAUACAUGGAUAAAGCGAGUCUGGAAAGAACUGGAGAACAUGGACAUCUAUGUGGCCUUUGAUUCUCCGGCCUUACCACUACGAUUCGUUUUUGACGCUCUGCUGGUGGAAGUGUUUAUGGAUUUGGAGGUGGACCAAGACGAUCUGAAAUGGCUCAAUUGGUGUCGUAUGUUCCUUCAAGUGUGCACCGUUUCCGAUAUUGUCACGGCUGAUGGACGCUCUAUCCGCCAGUCGGCUUGGUGCGGAGAGCGUGAUGGCAUCCACCGGUCUCCAUAUCAAUGGCCGCGGACAGUUCGACCAAACCGGAACCACUGGCGUCUAUGGCAGGACACCUUGACCCGGGCACUUCUGCAGUCGGAUGACCCCUCUCAUCCGCUCCGCCAACCGUUGGGCCCUUGGUUUGACCCUAUCGACAACUGGAACUGGCUGGUCUCCCCAACGCAUGGCGUCUUUCAUUGUCAUGGACACGCUUGGAGACACUACGGUCACCGAUCAGGUUCCUACUCCUCUAGCCGGAGGUUCCACAUGAGGCCGGCAUCUCAAAGGACGGCUGGGAUUAAAAGACCGAUGGCAGCCCUUGACGUCGCUGACGCCCUCUCGCCGUCGGGUCCCUUUUGGACCAAGCCACUCCCAGAUGAUGUAUGCCGGGUGACAACUCAGCCACUGCAUGGGUUAGAGGAGUUUGUGAUUUUGGGGGUGGGCCAGGAGCAUAAGUCUCUGCGACCAGUUCCUCAACCGUCAUUAUUCACCGCAUGGGAAGCAGCAUCAGCAGCGGUUGACGAGUACUUUGGAUGGACCCCCGAGGAACUUGAGAUUGUCGGUGAUGAAGGACGGCUGGUGGAGGCCUUACUCUCUGGUCAUCUUUGCGUGAUAAGCGACGGAUCAUACAAGCGAGCCCUGGGAACGGCGGCCGUCCAACUACUCCCACAAAAAGGGGAGAAGGACCGCGUCAUUGUUCGGUGCCAGACUCCCGGACUGCCCCAGGAUCAAAGCGCCUAUCGGAGUGAACUGAUCGGCUUGCUUGCAGGCAUCAUGGUUGUUGACUGGUUGCUCCAACAGUGGGCGCCUAAGCUCCAAUCUAAACCCCGCGUCAGGAUAGCGUGUGAUGGGUUUUCCGCCCUUCUCAAUACCUUUGGUGAUCAUCGAGUCUCCCCUCACCAGGCGCAGUUUGACCUGGUCUCUUCCCUCCGCGAGGCCCUUGCGCGCUCCAAAGCAUCGUGGGAGCCUAGUCAUGUGUAUGGUCACCUUGACCGUGCUACGUCCUUUUCGUCCCUGUCUUGGUGGUCCAAAAGGAAUGUUGAAGUGGAUAAUUGGGCAGUGGCAUACCGCCAUCAGUUGGAGGCU